AUGAACAUGUCUCACAACAUCCUCGGAAAGCAAGUUGGCCUUAUUGGCUAUGGCCUCAUGGGCUUGACUGCCCGCCCUCUUCCUGACGAGACCACCUUCGCUGCUAUUCGAACUGCUCUCGAUGCAGGCUGUAACUGGCUCAACGGUGCAGAGUUCUACGGUCCACGGGACGCAAACUCUCUAGCUCUCAUCCGUCGAUAUCUCGAAAAGUAUCCCGAAGACGCCGAUCGUAUCGUCCUUACCAUCAAAGGAGGCCUGGGUGCCAAUUACGUCCCUGAUGGCAGUAAGGAGAAUGUCCAGCGCAGUAUUGAUGACUGCAUCAAGACCCUAGGCCCCGUUGGGCGAAUGGCUUCAUUCGCAGUUGGCCGUAGAGACCCCAAUACCGAUUAUGAGAACGGCACUCUUGCUACCAUCAACGAGUAUGUCAAGGAUGGCAAAAUCGACGGCAUCUCUUGCAGUGAGCUCAACGCAAACACUCUUCGCAACGCAGCAAAAAAGUUCAAGAUGACGGCGAUCGAGAUCGAGCUGUCUCUUUUCACCACAGAUCCCUUGACAAAUGGCCUCCUCGAAGCUUGUGGUGAGCUUGACAUUGCAGUUCUCGCGUACUCGCCUCUGGGAAGAGGCUUCCUCGGAGGUCAAAUCAAGUCUGCCAAGGACCUUCCGGAAGACGAUCUUCGUGCUAAGAUGCAUCCUCGCUGGCAAGGAGAUAACCUUACCAAGAAUAUUCAACUUGUCAACGAUAUUGAGGCUCUUGCAAAGAAGAAGGGUUGCACUGUGAGCCAGAUCGCCAUCAACUGGUUGCUGUCGCUUUCACGUCGCCCAGGCAUGCCCAAGAUAGUUCCCAUCCCUGGAUCUACCAAACCUGACCGUAUUCGAGAGAACGCCACUAUCAUAGAUCUGACGGACGAGGAUUUGCAUGACAUUGACAGCGUGCUCACUGCCUUCACGCCAGCAGGCGAGCGAUACCCCCCUCAGCAUAUGAAGUAUGUCGACGCAUAG